ACAAGCAAAUUUUUGAUUAGCGCUUUUCUGUUUCUUGUCCAUCCGAUAAACAAAAAUAAUAAAAUAGAAUUUUUGCAAAAGUUUAUUAAUGUUUUAUUUUAAUUAAAAUAAAAAAUGGUUUGUCGUUUAUGUUUUAAUCAGUCCGAAGACUAUAUUGAAAUAUUUAGUGAAGUAAAUAUCUCACAAUACAUACAAAAGUUCUUGGAAUUGGAGAUAAGUAAACAAGAUCCAGUUUCAAAACUUAUUUGUAAGACAUGCUGGCAACAGCUUUCGUCGUUUCAAAGUUUCUAUACGCAAAUAAAAGAAGCCCAGCGAAGAACUCACAUAAAAUUAAAAAGAGAAGAGGAGUCAGCCCAAAUGGAUGGGUCAUCAUUCGAAUAUGUCAACACUGAGACUGAUGAUCAUGAUAUAAAUGAAACCACAGAGAUAACUAUUCAAAAUGAAGAACUUACAGAGCAAAUCGUGUCCGAUAAUAAUGAGAAUGAGAAUAACAAUGACAAUACCACUACCACCGACCCUCCCAAAAGUACAAUUAAAAAGGUUCGUCAUUACAAAAAACUAUCGAAAUCAACCCGUUCGUUCAAAAAUGCAGAAGAAAGAAAAUUCUUUGUUGACCUCAUGCAGAAAGAAGAAGCCAUUUGGAAUAGAACACAUAAUCUUCAUUCCAGUUCACGAGCUCUAAUUGAAGCUUGGAAACGUAUUUCAGCCGCAAUGAUACCUCCGAAAACAGUGCAUGAAUGUAAAAUAAUGUGGAAAAGCUUAAGAGACGCACUUCGUUACGAAAGAAGAAAAGUUGCCAGUGGUUAUGACCAAGGAAAUGAUCUAGAAAAUUUACUGUACUUUGUUUCAGCCAAAAACGGACAGAAAAAACCCAAGAAUUUUACAAAAAAUACACCCGAAAGCACAAGCAAAGCUAUGGCAGCUAAAACCAGAGCAGAUGCAAGAAAAAAAUACAAAAUACAAAAUUACCACAUCUUCGAUUCAACUAAUCCGGCUUGGUCGGAAAGAACGGGUGAGGGUAGCGUAAGUGAUAAUAUGUCAGCUUAUUCCGAAGGACCUGCAAAACAUUUCUCCAAUAACGUAUCGUUUGAAACUGUGACCACUAAACCACAUAGUACAGUGGGAGUGUUUACAAUUAAUCCCGCCCCUAGUACCUCUCAUAUGGAGACAAUGAAUGAACCACUACCCAUGCAGUUCAAAAUGCAUUCAAAUCCAUAUUAUGGUGAUGUAAAAAAUGAAUUCAAAGGAGAAGUAACCGAUUUGGUUGAAAGUAUAUCGAAAGCCUUGAAUCGUUUGGUUACUAUUGCAACUUCACAAGUACAGACGAAAUCAAAAAACGCCGAGUUUAAAUAUGAAUACAUUUGGAAAUUAAUUGAAUGUCUUUAUGCUCAAAUGGAUCAAACAACUAUUAAUGAUUUAAAUCAAAGAAUAAUAAAUAUGGUGUAUGAUAGUUGUAAAAUAAAUGUAUACUAAGAAAUUAAAACUAUUUUUUUUAUGAAUUUCUCUUUU